CGCGCUUUUUUAGGGGGCGGGGCCGGAAGCGGCGCGUGCUGCCGGUCCCGGGGGUGGAAGGCGGGGGUCACCGGGCGGUCCCGGGGGGGACACCGGGCACCCUGCGCUCCCAGGCUCGCCGGGGCCGGGAGCCCCCGGGAGCGCGGAGCUGGUGAUGGGGGAGCUGUGAGCCGAAGGGCUCCGGGAGCUCCCGGUCCCCUGGGAUCACCGGCCCGGCAGCGCUUCUGCACCCUGCGGUGAUGCGUGUAGCCACGGACCCCCCGCGCACAGGUGGCUGUGAAGCCCCUCUGGCAGCGAUGGAGCCCCCCUGGCUGCAGCGCUUGGACCGGCCGUGCCGCCUCCUGCUCCACGCGCUCUGCGGCCGCUCUGGGCCGCUGGCCGCGCUCCGGCUGCUGCAGCGGGCGCAGGCCCUGCAGGGGCCCGGGCCGGCGUUCUCCUGGCAGCGCCUCAUCGCAGCCCUGUGUGCCGAGGAGCCCGCGCUGGAGGGGCCGGAGCAGGCGCUGGCUGUCAAACCGCGGCUGCUGCUGCUCCCUGUCGUGUGCCAGAGAAACCUCUUCUCCCUGCUCCUCGCGGUGCAAGCCGUGGUGCCGGGGAGCUGCCUCGCGCGGCUGCUCGGGGCCGUGGAGCGGGACUCCCACGGGGACCCCUGGGUGCGGGCGCUGGGGAGCCUGCUCCGGCGGGGGCCGCAGGGAGAGCCGUGCUCCCCACCUCGCCUUCCCUUGUCUGCAGCGUGCCAGCAGCAGCUCCGGUGUCUGUGUCGGGGAAUUGCCCGGAACAAGCCAGAGGGGCAAAGAAAACUGAACUGGUGCUUCAGCAGGCAGCCCAGUGCCACUGGUGAUGUGGCCAACUCUGCGCUUCAAGGUGGCAAGCGCAAGAAGGUGCUGGAGGGGAGCCUGGAGAUGGACGAGGGGAGAGUGGGGAAGAGGCCGCUGCUGGAGGAGGCAGCAUGUGACCCGCCGGGAACCCAGGAGAGCGGGGAUGUGCCAGGGGUGGAAGAGGAGGGGCCUGGGGAGACUUUGGGGGACAGAUCUGCUCGGAGCCCGUCUGGAGCUGCUCAGGGAAGCUCCCAGCAGGACGCGGCCAGCGGCCCCGGGAAGGUUUCCCAGGUGGAGCUGUCAGCGGAGCUCCAGUCCUUUCUGCAGGUACAUGGACCGAGGCUGAAAAUGCUGCUGCAGAAGGAAUCCAAUCACCCGGCGCUGAGCGUCCCGCCCGAGCUGCGUGUCCUGAACAGCUGCUCUCCCGGCCAGCUCGAGGGGCUGUGCUCCUUCCUCCAGCUCUCCACGUGCCCCGAGCACCUCCUGCUGCGUUUCUGCAGCUGGCUGCUGGCACUCAGCCCCGAACUCAGCUACACCAGCGCAGCCGUCCUGGCAGAGCAGCUCUUCCUGGGGCGAGUCCGGUCCCUCACCCACCCACCAUCCCGACACCUCAUGGCUGCCCUGGUGUCGUUUUGCUCCAAGUAUUACCAGCCCUUCUGUGGCGUUGUGGUGGCGGCGGUCCUGCGGCAGCCGGGGGAAGGUGCGGUGGGCUGCGGAGACGCGGCAGAGGGGCUGAGAGCUGCACCCAGCGGGAGGGGAGCCCCAGCUGCAGUGCUGUCUCCUGGUGGGGCGUUUAUCACCCAGAAUGUGGUGCUGGUUGUAUCUGGGCAGGUGGAGUUAGGAUUGUGGGUGGGUUUACAGAUGAGAGGGAGGGGAGGCCAGGCUGGUUCCAGCAUCGCUUCUCCCAAAGGACAGCUGUUGUUUCUCCGUGAACUGGAGGGUUCCUGGCAGCUCCUCACGCUGGGGCCAAAACUGCCCCAGGAAGGACCCGUUGGCGUGAGGGGGAUCCUGCAUGGAUCUUUGCCACAGCAGCAUCCCCUUUUCUUAGGAUUGGUGCUAAUUAAACUCUUGCUGUGGGUGGGUAAAGAAGCUGGAUUAUCCGCAACAGCAGAAGGGGGCACACUGUGGUUUCUGGGUGUCCUGAGUGGGGUGUACCCCUGUGUGAAGGGGUGCCAGGAAGGGUCAGACAUGUCCCUGUGGACUGGGCAGUCUGGAGGCUCUGCCCCCUUCUGCUUUGCUCUUGCAGGCGCUGAGCAGACCAAGCUGGUGUGUGAGCUUGUGGAGGAGUGCCUGGCACCAGACUGCGUGCGGCUGCUGCUCGGCCAGGUCCUGGAGGUGCCUCUGUCUGAGAAGCUGCUGCCGGUGGUGCAGGCCGUGCUGGGGCGGCAGGAGGAGCUGCCUCUUGAGCUCUUUGAUCUCCUGGUCUUGACCCUGUGCCGACAGGCCCCAGCCUUUACCACGUCGCUGAAUUAUGCCAAGCUGCUGAUGGCCGUGCUCACCACGUACCAAAGCCAGGUUACCCCAGCGCACCGGAGCCGUCUGACUGCUGCUCUGGGCUGCAGCAACGCAGCUCUAAAGAAAUCGCUGCAGGCUGUGCUGGAAGGAGGGAGGUGAACACCAAAGGCACUGCAAGGCAAUGGCUUCCUGGGACAGAGGAUGCUCGUUAAGAUGGUGGCAGCUGCAGCCCAGUCCCUUGCCGGGGCUCACCAGUACCUUGGAGACCCAGCAGGCGCCCGGGCGAGUGUGGGCUGCGACACGGAGCACCCGAGGCUGCCAGGGCCCCGUGGCAAUGCUGGCCAGCCCGGUUUGAGCUGGGCUAUCGCUGAGCAUCAUCCCAGCCCCACACGUGCCCUGAUGGUUUUCUUGAUUAAACAAGGAACGUGUUUCCGGCCA